GGUACAUGGCACCUGAAGUUCUAGAUGAUUCCAUAAAUAUGAAACAUUUUGAGUCAUUCAAACGAGCAGACAUCUAUGCAAUGGGAUUAGUGUUUUGGGAAAUAGCUCGGCGAUGUUCCAUCGGCGGCAUCCAUGAAGAUUACCAGUUACCAUACUAUGACCUCGUUCCUUCAGACCCUUCUGUUGAAGAAAUGAGGAAAGUUGUGUGUGAGCAGAAGUUAAGGCCCAAUAUUCCAAACAGAUGGCAGAGCUGUGAGGCGUUACGGGUGAUGGCGAAGAUCAUGCGGGAGUGCUGGUACGCCAACGGCGCCGCCAGGCUCACCGCGCUGCGCAUCAAGAAAACGCUCUCCCAGCUCAGUCAGCAGGAGGGGAUAAAGAUGUAGUCCUGGAUUUGCUACUGAAGAAUACUGUAAAAAUCCAUACCUGCACCAGAGUGGCUUGUUAAGAAGGUUAAUUGUUCUACCUCACUGGGGGAACAGAAGGAUAUUGCUGCCUUUUAGUACUUCAUAGGAACAUCACUCAGUAGGAUUUUUGUGGAUGUGCUAAACAGUUGUGUUGGGUCCUUUCUGUGCACUAUAAACCUCUUUCCCAGGUUACUUAUAAAACAUUGUGUAGUUUAGUUUUAUUAAUCUCUUAAUUUCUUAUUUGGAAAGUUGAUAGCUGGUCUUAACUUCUAGUUAACUGUGCUAAAAAUAGGAGGUCACUUUUUAGAUGGAACUGGUUCACUAUAUUGUUCUACAGUGCAUUGAUGUCUCUUAAAGCAACUUUAUUCCUGGCUGUUACAUUGACUGUUCUGAACCACUGUCACAGUUCUUUGGUUCAGAUUGGGAAUGUACUGUUGGAAUAUACUUUGCUAACUAUUAAGGUAGCAUGGACUCCUACCAUGAUUUAUAAAUUGACCUCAUUCAGUUGUAAUAACGUAAUUUAUGCAACU